AUGCUGCCGCUCCUGCUGGGCCUGCUGGGCCCGGCAGCCUCCUGGGCACUGGGCCCGGCGGCGCCCGGCUCCACGGAGCUGCGCUCGGCCUUCUCGGCAGCCCGCACCACUCCGCUGGAGGGCACUUCGGAGAUGGAGAUGGCGGUGACCUUCGACAAGGUGCACGUCAACAUCGGGGGCGACUUCGACGCCGCCACGGGCCAGUUCCGCUGCCGCGUGCCGGGCGCCUACUUCUUCUCGUUCACGGCGGGCAAGGCCCCGCACAAGAGCCUGUCGGUGAUGCUGGUGCGCAACCGCGACGAGGUGCAGGCGCUGGCCUUCGACGAGCAGCGGCGGCCCGGCUCGCGGCGCGCCGCCAGCCAGAGCGCCAUGCUGCAGCUCGACUACGGCGACGUGGUGUGGCUGCGGCUGCACGGCGCCCCGCAGUACGCGCUGGGCGCGCCGGGCGCCACCUUCAGCGGCUACCUGGUCUACGCCGACGCCGACGCCGACGCCGACGCCGCCGCGCCCGCGCCUGCGCGCCGCGCGCCCGCGCGCCCCGAGCCGCGCUCGGCCUUCUCGGCGGCGCGCACGCGCAGCCUGGUGGGCUCGGACGCCGGCCCGGGCCCGCGCCACCGGCCCGUCGCCUUCGACACGGAGCUCGUCAACAUCGGCGGCGACUUCGACGCGGAGGCCGGCGUGUUCCGCUGCCGCCUGCCCGGCGCCUACUUCUUCUCCUUCACGCUGGGCAAGCUGCCGCGGAAGACGCUGUCGGUGAAGCUGAUGAAGAACCGCGACGAGGUGCAGGCCAUGAUCUACGACGACGGCGCGUCGCGGCGCCGCGAGAUGCAGAGCCAGAGCGUGAUGCUGGCGCUGCGCCGCGGCGACGCCGUGUGGCUGCUCAGCCACGACCACGACGGCUACGGGGCCUACAGCAACCACGGCAAGUACAUCACCUUCUCCGGCUUCCUGGUGUACCCCGACCCCGACCCCGCCGCCGCCGCCGCCGCCGGCCCGCCGGGCGCCGGGCCCCUGGAGCUCUGA